AUGGCCAACACAGCCAGUGCAGGUCUGGCAGCUGCAGACAACCGGGUAUUUACCUUAGCUGCUGAGGUCACUGAGAGCAGAGAACAAGACAUCCCCUUGCUACUGCUGAAGUUAAAGGGAAUUUUAAAUGAUUCUUCUUUGGGAUGUGAGGAUUCAAAAAAAAUAAAGCAAGAUAUAUAUGAUUAUAACUUGACUCAAUACUGCAUGCUGCUCCUUAGACAAGAUCACUCUCGACUGCGUGAAGGCUGGGCUACUGCUGCCCAGCUAGCAGAGAUACUGAGUCAUUGUUGUGUAGGACUAGAGGUAAAAGAAGAUCCUGAGGAGUUUCACAAGAAAUUUCUUCCUUCAGCUAUAGACAACCUGCUGUUUUUGGGAAGACGCUUGCAAGCACGGUUUAUCCGAGCAAUCAAGGAUAGAGAAAAACAAGAUUUUUUACGCUGGUUCAAAACAGUAACUGAUGCCAUCUGCUGGCUGUUUGGUGGGCACAUUCAACUGGCAGAGUGUGUACUGCAAAAUGAUCACUUCCUGCAGCUCUUAGUAACAGAUGAUGUUGAAACAGCAGCUAUAAUGAUGUCUGUUUUACACAAUAUUUUGAGGGUCAAUAGUUCUGUCUUGGUUGAGGUUGAUGAGGAGACCCUUCAUUCUGUUUUGGAUGAACUUGUUUACAAGAUUUCAUCUACUGCAAAUCCUGUCAUAGGAAACAGUGCUACAAAACUGCUGCUGUUGGUGGCAAAAUCUGGCAAGCAGCUUGUGAAGUUAAUCGCAGCUCGCUACAAAGGAUUAAAAGGACUUUUAAGUAAGCAGUGGACUGGAAAGGGAUUUGACAGGGAUCUCAAUCAGCUCUUGGACCUGCUCUGCUCAGAACAAUCCAAUGAAAAAGGACAAAUGCAGAGGCAGCAUCAAGCGGCUUGUAUAAUCCAGGCUAUGUGGAGGGGAUUUCAGACACGGAAAAGGCUGAAAAAGCUACCCCAAGCAGUGGCCACUUUACAGAGAAGCUUCAGAGCUAAACGGGAACAGGAGCUGCAGCAUUUGAAAAAGCAGAAAGAAGAUGAGGCUCUGAAACUGCAAAUGCAACUUCAGAGACAGAGGGCCAGGAGACUCUUCCAUGAACGACAGCUGGCCUUACUGGAAAUAAUCCAUGCCAGUCAGGUAAAUAAGUACAUGGAGGAAAUGGAGGGAAAAUCAGCAUUAACUAUCCAGAGAUUCUGGCGAGGCCAUAGAGCAAGAAGAAAUUUUCAUCAGCAGAGACAGUCUCUUAAGGAAUAUAAAGCAGCUGUCAUCAUUCAGAGAGCAGCUUGUAAAUUCUUGGAAAAACGAAGAAGGAGGAGACCUCUGUCUCCUUGGAAAGAUCCCAAGGGACUCACUGAUGAGCAAAAGCUAGCUUUGCAGCAGAAGGUGGAUGACUACAUCAAAUUGCAUCCGGCUUCCCAAAUGUCAGAAGAAAUGAGUAAGGAAUUACAUAUGCAGGCCCAGGAAAAGCUGGCGCAGUUCCUGUUGAGGAGCAGAGUGGAUCAGAGAGCAGUGCAGCGGAGAGAGUUGUUACUGGCUCAGGUCAACACUGAUGUGGAGCUGCUACUGAAUGCUCCAGGCUUAGCAGAGACCACAGAAAAAGAUCUUCAUGUCUUUAUGAGUCGAUCAAUCUCUGUAGCUACCAAGGCAAGGCAAUCUCAUAACGCUGUGCUGAAGUACACUCGCUGGCCAUGGUGGAAGAAGCUUGAAGAUGAGUUUAUGGAGGAUGGUGUCAUUCCUGAUGAUGCUCUAAAUGCAGAGCUAGGAACUAUUUGUGGAAAGAAAUCCUCUUAG